AAACCGCUAGUCCCCGGCCACACCCUUCUUCCUCCUCCCAUAUUAAGCCCGGCCGAGACGAGCCCCCGGAUGCAAACAUCCUCACAGACAUCUUAUCCCCCGAGGCCGGAGAAUCGGGGUUCCUCUCCUCCCCCGUGCUUGUCCUCCUUCGCCGGCGUGCCGCCGCCAUGGCUAGGAAGUGCUCUAGCUGCGGCCACAAUGGGCACAACUCGAGGACCUGCAGCGGGCACGGCAGGGUCUCGGAGACCGGCGGCGGCGGCGGGGGGGUGAGGCUGUUCGGGGUGCAGCUGCACGUGGGGCCGUCGUCGUCUCCCAUGAAGAAGUGCUUCAGCAUGGACUGCCUCUCGUCCGCCGCGCCGCCGGCGUACUACGCGGCCGCUCUUGCCGCCAGCAGCUCCUCGCCGUCCGUGUCGUCCUCGUCGUCGCUUGUCUCGGUGGAGGAGACCGCCGAGAAGGUGAACAACGGGUACCUCUCGGACGGGCUCAUGGGCAGGGCGCAGGAGAGGAAGAAGGGGGUUCCAUGGACCGAGGACGAGCACCGGCGAUUCCUGGCAGGCCUGGAGAAGCUGGGGAAGGGCGACUGGCGAGGCAUCUCCCGGCACUUCGUGACGACGCGGACCCCGACGCAAGUGGCCAGCCACGCCCAGAAGUACUUCCUCCGGCAGAGCAGCCUCACGCAGAAGAAGCGGAGGUCCAGCCUCUUCGACGUGGUCGAGAACGCCGGCAGGGCGGCGAGCUCGGCGCCGGACGCGGAGCUCCCGGCUCUGUCCCUCGGCAUCAGCAGGCCGGCGGCGCCGUCACGCGUCCUGCCUCCGACCCUAUCGUCCCUGCUGCCGCAGUGCUCGGCGCCAACGAGCAGAAGCGGCAGCGGCAGCACGUCGCCGAGCGGAAUCGCGGCGCCGAAGCACAGGCACCCUCCGUCGUCCCUGACGCCGGUGUCCAAGACUCAUCAGGCGCCGGACCUGGAGCUGAAGAUCUCGACCGCCGACCACCAGACCGGCUCGUCGCCGAGGACGCCCUUUUUCGGGACCAUCAGGGUCACAUAACCGGAAGGACGAUCGACGACGAUCGGUGGGAACAUCCAUCCGUUCCUAGAAGAGCCUUUUGCUCAUCCGGAGAAGAUGAGAAGAAAGGGUGGGGGGAGCAGGGAAAGGAGGAAGCUUUUGGUAGUGGUGUGUGUGUGUGUCGCCGGCGAAACGAUGCCGCCGCCGUCGCCCGUCCUGUUGAUGAUGUACCAUCAGAAGAUGAAACUUUACUGGCCUAAUUCUAGACGUGCAAAUAAAGAACGCCUAGCUGCUGCCUUGUCUUUGGCCUCCUGCCUCUUUAUGUUGACACAAAGGCAGCGCCGGUAUGGGCUUGUUUUAUGGA